UAAAGUAAAGCGAGCAACAACCUGUGCGUGAAAUUAAACGCAAUCAGAGACAAUUUUUUCUUACAAAUCAAUAUGGCGGUCGUUAGUAAACGUCAAAUUCAGUGUGGUGUUGUGUUCCGUGGUGGCGUCUAUCGAUUAUUUUCGUAAAACAUGGCUGGUUUUACGGAAAACGCGUUAGUUCGUAAACUCCAAGAACUGAAUUCAAGCCAGCAAAGUAUUCAAACACUAUCGUUGUGGCUAAUUCAUCACAGAAAACACCAUUCCGUUGUUGUGAAAACCUGGUUCAAGGAAAUACUCAAAGCUAAGGACAGCAAGCAGCUUACAUUUAUGUACCUCGCAAAUGAUGUAAUUCAGAACAGUAAGAAGAAAGGUCCGGAGUACGGCAAGGCAUUCGGAGAGGUCCUCGUGGAGUCCUUCAAGCAUAUGGCUAAGACUGGUAUCAACGCUAAGACUAAACACUCUUUACAUAGAAUUCUAACUAUAUGGGAAGAGAGAGGGGUGUAUGAUUCACAGAAAAUUCAGGAGUUUAAGGAGGCUGUGGACCCCAACGAUGCUAUACCAAAGAAGGUUAGCAAGCGCAAGUCAGUAGAAGUGGAAGGCAGCAAGGAGCCAGAGAAGAAAGCGAAAGUCGAGGCUCGCGCCAAGCAGGAGCGGCGCCGCAGCGAGACCAAGGAGGUGGACGGACACAUAGAGACACACACCACGCUCAGCCCCAAGACUCCGCCCGGAGACCCGCCAGAGCCUGAGGAACUUAUUAAGGCCUUACUAGAACUGGAGUCGAGUGCGUCGAGCGACGAGGCAGUACGCGAGCGCAUCGCCUCGCUGCCUCCCGAAGUGUCCGAAGUGCAAUUAUUGUCUAAGUUGGAAGAUAAGGAGUCAGCCCAGCGACUGAGUGCAGUAGUGAACUCUGCAGUGGAACUGUUAGCGGAGUACAACUUGCGUCUGUCGGAGGAGCUGGACAAGCGGCGGCGCGUGGCGGCCAUGCUGCGGGACUUCGCGCAGGCGCAGAGAGACCUGGCGAAACAGGCUGAGGCUAGGCUAGAGGAAUACAACAUAAAACUCCAAAAGAUUUACGCGGUGAAAGCGGAAGUGAAGUCCCACAUAGAGAGCUUGCCGGACGUGUCGCGGCUGCCCGACGUCACCGGCGGACUCGCGCCGCUACCGUCUGCCGGCGAUCUCUUCAGCAUCUGAGGGGGAGUUGUAUAGCAUCGCAACUGACUUAGGAAAUGGGGGAAUGCACUUACUAUGUUAAAUUGGAUUUUUUUUUAACUGACUUACUAAAAAAGAGGUUCUCAAUUCGACCACGUAUAUUAUCUUGAUUUAUUUCUAAACUAAUUGGUUGAAUCGUUUUAGACAUGAUAAAACAUCAUAAAAGAUUUAUAUCUUUGCCAAUGCUUUUGCCUUCUGCUCAGUUCUGAACUAUUUUGUAUGGUCUUGUAUUACUUAAAAAAAAUUUAACAGACGUUUCGCACAAUGGUCAAGAAUAUUUUUCUAAUUACUAAUUUCAAGUAUAUUUAUCUUUUUCUGUUAUUAAUAACACUGUUAGUGUUUCAAUAAUACAAAUAUCUUGACUGUCUGAAGUAUUAUUUAGACAAUACCAUUAAAUUUGCUCAAAGACAAACCACAACGUUUCUUACUUCUUAUUAACAUCGCUACAAACUAUUUGUUAAAAAGUUUUUUAUUAACAUCGUAAGUGCAUUUCAAAGAUAUUACAAGUUGUCUUUACUUGCAAAAAGGGUGUAUCUACGAAAGUAGGUGACUUACAUCCUUUUUACAAUUAAAGGCAUAGGUUAUUAGUUACGAUCGGAUUCCGAGAAGCUAAUAAAGUUUGUUAAUUUGUUAGUUUGUUUGCAACACUAUAGUGAGAUACCGAAGUGUAUGGUUAUGUGUUUUACCCGGCUAUUGUAAGCAAUGCCCGGUCGAAAUAAAUAGCGUUUAUUUUUCUAUAAAUGAUGGUGUAAAAUUGACGGAACUAUUAAUUGGUGGACGUGUAUAAAGAAAAGACUAGGGUCGAAAAAGUACUGAUUUUCAAUAGGUUUAUAAUGAUGUUUAAGUGCAGAUUUCAAUGGCCGAUCCAUCCGUUGCUUUUCGAUUGAAGAAUGAAAUUGACAUAAUUUAUAUGAUAUUGCCUCGUUGGUCUAGCUGUCGCAAAUGCGGCUGCUGAGCACGAGGUCUUGUGUUCGAUUCUCGAGUCGGGCCGAAAUCGCUUUGUGGGUUUUAGAA